GAGCACUAACAGAAGCGAACGAUCAUUGCUAAGAACCGCGAUAACCUUCUCUCUUCGGAAGAUACAGUGGAUGUUCUGCUCGAUGUCCCGCCUAGACCGGCCCUCUACGGACCCCACCCCGACGGCAGACUGAAGGACUCGAAACGCUCAUUUUCUCUGAAUUUCACAACGCAAGGGAUAAACACAAGACAUUGCCCAUCAUGGCACCGAAAUCCGUCCUUCUCGUCGGCGCCAAUGGCACACUUGGCGCCAAAAUCCUAGACUCCCUGGUCGCCGCCAAAUCCUUUAAGCUCAGCGCCCUGAAGCGCGCCGGCUCAAAGAGCACAAUCGCGUACCCCGCCGACCAAGUGCAAGUCAUCGAAGUCGACAACGACCUCUCCUACGAAGGUCUCAAAAAGGCCUUUACAGGCCAAGAAGUCGUCAUCGUCAGCUUCCGCCUGCGCGACCUCGACCAGCACCUGCGUAUCGCCGAGGCGGCGUCCGCAGCGGGCGUGAAGCACUUUAUGCCCGCCGACUUCGGCAGCAUCGACGCCGAUAACCCCCGCGCGAGGGAGCUCAUCCCGCUUUAUCGCUGGAAACGCGCGGUGCGUCAAAAGGCGCAGGAGCUGGCUGACAAGAACCCCGAAUUCGCGUGGACGGGUAUCGUCUGCGGUCACUUCUUCGACUGGGGUGUCAAGGAAGGCUUCUUGCACGCAUACCUCGAUACCAAGAAGAUCGACGUCAUUGACGGCGGUAACAUCAAGGCCUCUGUCGCGACGCUGCCGAGAGUUGGGGAAGCUGUUGUGCGUAUUCUGGACUUGGGAUUUACCGAGGUGACGAAGAAUAAGACGCUUUUCAUUCAGAGCUUUUGCAUCACACAGAACGAGCUGCUUCAAAGUUUGGAGAAGGCGACGGGAGCAAAGUGGACUGUUAACAUGGUCGAGUCUGAGAGUUUCAUUGCGGAACACAAGGUGAAGGCCGAUGCUGGCCACGCUGAGGCGAUUGAGGAUCUUGUCUUUGCUGUUGGGCAAUUAGAUGCAAACUGGACGAAGCGCGAUGACUUCGCUAUGAAGACUUUGGGGCUGGAGGAUGAGGAUUUGGACACUGUUAUCGCAGAUGUUGUUGCUAACCCAACGGUUUGAGGACUAUCACCUGUGUUAGAGAAGACCGACAUAUUGCCUCAGCUACACUAAUU